UUGAUUCCUCGCUAGAUUCCAUUAGAUUCAAGAAAGCUCCGCUCGUUUGCUUUACGGCAGGUCCCAAAACGAGCGCACCCCUCCCCUCACGUCGUUGCUCUUGUAACAAGUGUAGAGGACAUGUAAAAGGUCCAUGCCUGCUCUUUCCUUGUAGUUUCCCCGCCGCAUUGUAGACUGUCUUUUCGAGACACAACUUAUUAUACUGGGUCUGUCACUUAGCCAGGAUGUUUAAGAGGAGUGACAAAGUAAGAUAUUUACUGAGCCUUGUCCCGGGCAAACAACGUCUUGGGACGUACAGGUUUCUUCCCAUCUUCUUUUGCAUCGGAGGCGCCAUGGAGUGGAUCAUGAUCAACGUGAGGAUAGGAAAAGAGACUUUCUAUGAUGUCUACCGAAGAAAACAAUCAGUACGGGAGUACGAGAAGAAGAAAGCAGAUGGUUUGAUAGUCCAUAAUGAGCCUGCAGCCAAAUGAACGAUGGUCAGAUUUAAUGUGGACUUCCUGUGUCAUCUGAGGACACAUUUUUGGACUCUUGCUCCCCUACUUGUUUCGAACAGGCUGGAAUGGACUUCAUAGCAUGUUACAACAACCGUAUCACAGUUAAGAAGGAGUCAAGAGUGAAAGGCAGAUGGAAAAACAUGCAAAUUUAUUGUAAAAUAUGAUCUUCAGUUUAAGAAAGAUUAGCAGUAAUAAAGCCACUGGUCUAACUGCCUCAGCAAUACUUGUAACAAAAAAAUUAUGAAGAAAUAGUCUUUGUAUUUAAAAACAUCACAUUGCACAGAUGUGUUAAAUACUGAGAGAUAGAACUUGAUAAGAAACACAAGCUAUUUCUUCCCCUUGAUAACACAUCCUGCUGUUCUGUAAUCAUACAAUGUCUGUCUGUUUAUAAGAGGUCUUGCACUUUUUUGAGUAUAUAAAAUGUAACUUAAGAACUGCAUUUUGCAACUGAUAUGUUUACUAUCUUUGUAUCUGCAUCCUUUAUUCUACACAGAACUCCCCCAGAAGGGUUUACCUCCGUCAAAAGCAUGCUUUGGUUAUUUCAGUUGUACCAUCCGAUAGGGAGGGAGUACAGACAGGUGAAGCUCUCGGGGUGCUUCGACAGCUGGACGGGGUUCCCAUCCAGUCUCACCUCAUCCAUGUUGGUCCGGAUGUAGUGACUGCUGUUCCCUUUGCAGAAGGUCUCAUCUGUUAUUGUCGAGAUCUUGUUGUUCUGCAGUACAGACACAGGAGACCACAACAUUUGCCCAUCAACCAGCUACUACUACUAGCUCUGUAAACAGAAAAAUAAUGGAAUUGCUUCUUCAGAGAUUAUUUGAUUAAUUGCUGUGAUAGCAGUGAAUUACAGAUGAAUUUACAUGCAGGUGCACAACGUGAAGAGACUCUGGAAGUUGGGGCACGGCUGUCAGUACAUUGUUUCCAAGGUAAAGAUAUGCCAGUCCCGUGAGUUUCUGCAACAACAAAAGACCACUACUUUAGAUUAGGCUGUAUCAAACAUCUGAACACAUGCAGAGUACAUAAUGUCUGCAACAUUUUAACCUGAGAGCAUUGGGAUAUCUUACUUUAAAAGCAGUUGCCUUCACACCCUGGGUUUUAAGCUGGUUGAAAUUGGCAUUGAAUGACAUCAGCUUGGGGGGCAGCAUAGGAAGUUUAGUCAGUCUGUUUUCUGCAAGAGUGAGCUCCUCAAGAUGUA